CUUUGGGCUAGGGCUGAAAUAUUUUUGAGACCUGCAACUGCUCUGACAAAGAAGAAAGAUCUGAAUCCACACGUAUUUGAGAUAUUCAACUCGUAUGACUCGGUCUGACUGAUACCAGACACUUUGAUGCAUAGGCUACGGUUGCCUGCUACACUCACAAGUCUUGGACGCGGAUCGGAAGCAUCAUACAUCUUACACCGCCGAGGUUCACCAGUUUCUGCAUUCACAACUCCACUCUCUCACUCCCGACACUUCAAGCUCCAAGCUCAGAGCUACGCAAAGGCCCACGUUUACAAAGUAUACGAUCUAGAGCGGGAAGUAGCUACUGAGCGGAAUCUUCGGGAACUAGACGAGAGAUUCGCAGAGGUCGAUAAAGAGCUUAAGGGACACACGAAUAUUACCCGCUGUGGUGCGCUUCUGCCUGACAGAUUACGGUACAGGAUGGAUGAAAUUACGCCAAAGGUGGAUUACAAGUUUUGGACGAAGCGCGAUCUAAUUAAUCGGAUUGAUGAGUUGGAACGACUCACAGAAACGUCGAUUGCAGAUUCGAGUCUCGAGGUCAACGUCAAAAAGAAGAAAAUAAAGAAACAGGAAAAGGAAUUUGACUUUAAAGCCCAUCCGACCCGUCUGGUUGCUCUUCGGUUCGCAUAUCUAGGAUGGAACUACAACGGUCUCAACGUCCAGUUUGACAAAACCCCUCUUCCAACAGUGGAAGGACUGAUCCUGAAAGCCCUGGCGCGCUGCAGACUGAUCGAGUCCGAAGUCGACCUCAAAGGCUGCGAAUUCAGCCGCUGCGGCCGCACCGACAAGGGCGUGUCCGCGCUGGCGCAGGUCAUCAGUCUCAAGAUCCGGUCACGGCUCAGUCCCGAGGAGCAGCAGGACGAGGCUAAUGACGAUCGGGAGUUUCCGUACAUCACACAGCUUAACCACGCGCUGCCGCCGGAUAUCAGGGUCUACCAGGUCUGUCUGCACCCGCCCGAGGGAUUCGACGCGCGACAUAGCUGCAGAUCGCGGCACUACAAGUAUUUUUUCGCCGCGCGGCCGGGAGAGUUGGAUAUCAAUGCGAUGAGCGAGGCAGCGCGGAUGCUGGUCGGCACGCACGACUUUCGGAAUUUCUGCAAGAUCGAUGGGUCGAAGCAGAUGACCCAUUUCUACAGAGAGAUCUUAUCUGCCUCGUUCAGCCAUGUCAAGAGCGUGGCGUCGGCCGGGAACGACACCGAGCCUACGGAUGUUUACGUGUUUGAUCUGCACGGGACCGCGUUCUUGUGGCACCAAGUGCGCUGCAUAAUGGGCAUCCUCUUCCUCGUCGGCCAACGCCUCGAGCAACCAGCCAUCGUAGCGAACCUGCUCGACGUCGAGCGGUACCCGUGCAAGCCGAUCUACGACAUGGCCGACGACGUGCCGCUUGUGCUGUACGAUUGCGAGUUUGACAGCGACGUGCGGUGGAAGACCGCGACCGAUCUCGCGAACGGGCAGAGCGCGACGCCCGGCUCGACGAUCGCGGACGUGUACGCGCUGUGGUACGAUGGCGUGAUUAAGAACGAGAUGCAGCGCACGAUGCGGAACGUGCUCGAGUCUGCUGUGCGUCUGCCGGAGCGCGCGGCGCUGAACCCGCGGCUUGCGGACCGGGUGCAGAUUAACGUCGGAGACGGCUGGGGCAAGUGGCGGAGUGCGUAUGAGCCGGUGGAGAAGCGCAAGGUGACGGACCACUUUGAGGUGCAGAACGAGCGGUACCGGAGUCGCAAGGUGCGUGUGGGCGAGCAUGCAGAGGGCGAGCAGGCGGAAGGAGAGGAGAAGAGCGAGGCGGCCGCGGCGUGAGUCCAAAUGUAUAUAGACUAGGUAUAAGAACAGAAC